AUGAGGUUGUUUAAGGCAUAUUUCUCGCCUGCGGCCAUUAUAGGCCUUUUAUGUGGUGUAUGGACGCUCCAAGCAGCCAAAGAUGCGGCAGAGGCGGCCAGGCUAGCGGCCACCAAGGCAGCUCGAGAUGAAGCAGCAGCUAAGCUCGAGAAAGCUAAGUCUCCUGAGGAGCUACAGAAGGAAAAAGAAAAGCUGGAGCAGCUUAAGCUCGAUAUUAAGAACCUGCUAAGGGAGAGCAAAGAGUACAAGCAGCACCAAAUUAAAAAGAAACAGGAGGAGGAGGUCGCCGGCUACACACCGCAGGAGCUCGAGGAGACAGACUUGUGGAAAGAUGAAUAUGAGAAGUUUAUGCGUGCGGAGCGGCACAAGGAGUGGUGGGAGCGGGUAGGCGUCGUGGGGGGCAUCGGAGGGGCUGUGGCCGGCGGCCUCGCAGGGUUUGGAAAGGCUCAUGAGAACGCAGGAGGAGUCGCAGAGAACCCUGCAGCAGCGCGGCUGGUGCGUGGUGCAGGGACGGUUGCACUCGUGGGCGGUGCUGCAGCGUUGCUGGCAUGGCUGAUGAGGAGACAGAGCAAGAAAAAACAAAAGCUUGCAAAUGCUAGACUCACCCGCAUGCAGUUUGAAGCCAGAACGGGGCUCAAACCCUCCGAUCAAAACGUGCUGGGACCCGAUGAAAGGGAUAUUUUAAACCCACCGAAAAAGAAAAACAAAAAGAAAGACGACGACGAGUGA